GAGGCCGACAAAUCGGGAGACGGAGACUUUGUGCUGAUGCUACCACAUUCGCUGCUUUCAGUGUGGCCCGUGUCUUCAAUGAGUUUUGUCACGCUUUAGCGCAAACACAGCGGUACGAUAUCGAGAUCGAGAUCCCUACGCCACCAGAUAUACUAUAUAUCCUCCUGAUUUCCAUCAUCAGCAGCCAGCAGCAAAGUAUGUGCGGUGUCAAUUGAUGAGGCAAACAUGCUAAAAUAUUACUGUGUUGUGAAGUUCUCUCGUUAAGUGCAAGAAACAAAUAAAAAUAAGAAUAAACAAAAAAGAAAAAAAAAACAUAAAAGGAGCGUAAAAACAAAAGACUUGGGCAACGAACUUGCGUGCUGCAAUGCAGACAAUUUAUAGCCUGCAGGCUAUACUGCGCAGCUGCUGUCGCAGGCGUGUUAAAUUUAUGCAAAUAAAUAAAUCAAUUCCACAGAAGAUAAAUAAAAUUGAAGGCGUUCCGCCGUUUUGCACGCACCAAACACUUUAAGGCAUUUGUCAAAACAACCGAAAAAAAAAAUAUGCAUAACCAAUCUAGAGAAAAAUCAUUUUUCCGAGCUGCCAUAAAUUAAACCUCGCCCCUGACUUUUCUCUCCAGCAAAAAAAAAAAAAAAAUAAAUGAAGGGAAAAACGCUUAUGGCCUCUUUAAAUGCAACAACUUGGAAAUAAGUUUUUGAACAGGCCGCAUAUUAUUAUUAUUAUCAUGAGCAGCCAACUCACAUUUAGUUUUGCUUUAUCUUCGCAUAGCUUUUGCUGUUUAAUGUGCCGGAAAUGUUUUCUCAGCGCAGCAGAUAAUUGUGAGUACUUGAAGUUGGGUGUUGCCAAUGAUUAUAAAACCUUGUUAAUUUGCGCAAAUUGGUUUUGCAUUGUGUCAAGACCAGAGACGUAGCAUCUUCUCCGACUAGUUUGUCGGCUCUAUAAAAGUUAAAUGUUUAAUUUAUGCACAUAAUAUGGUUCCUUAAAUUGACUUAAGGUCACCUGAUCUGCGGGCUUAUUACAGCUGAAACGGGUUUGCCUUGCUAGUCGCUAGAGAUUCUUAUGAAUACUAGGCCCAUGCUCGUUCGGUGACCUCCAGUGCGAAUUUUGACGCCUGAAAUCUCAUGCGAUAGAGUAAGAGUCCGUCUAAACAUAGUCACGUUCCGAUUGUUAGCCGUGACAUGGGCCGGCUCUUUUGGCCGGGCAGUACAUACUGGCACGCCUUCCUCCUCGGAUAUUUACGAUGGCAAAUAGCUGGGACUUGGACGGCACUUAAAAUGCGUGGCAUGUGGCUCGCUUUUGGCUCCACUUUGCGACACUGUGUGGCCAAAAAGACCAGACUCGCCACGCCAAAGGCAAUUGAAAAUUACCCCGUACCUUAGAUUUUCAAGAAAAUGGUAAAUGGUAAAUGGUCAUUUAAAUUGGUUCCAAUGUUUACGCAUGCGCGACAGAUCGUGCGCUCCACCCCCUCGGACAGUCGCAAAGUAAACAAAAAAAUACCAUCUUAUCAGGCCGGGCCAUGUGUGGAACGAAUCUCGAUCUCGAUCUCCGCCAGAAAGCCAAAAUGCUGCCAUGGACAUGCUGGCAAUUGAGACGCCAAACAGCCAAACUGACAGAGUCAUCGUCAUCGCUGAGACACAAUCACCGCCAAAAGUAACCAUUCACUAGGGUCCAACUAAGUAAGGGGAUUGCAUAAUGAGCGGGCCCCAUUACAUUUGAUAUUUACCUUAAAUCUGAUUUGAUAUUGUCCCACACGUCAUUCGAUAUGCCAGAGUCGUCUACAAUUACACCAGGCAUCAGAUAUAUAGGCUAUAUACCUCGUUAAUGGAAGUGAUGUCUGAUUUCUGAUUGAGGCUGACCAGGUGACCAGUUGACCAGUUUAUCGGUGCACAGCAGUUGCUAAAAUAAAUUAAUAACAAAUCUGUAUGUAGAGGACAGCCGAACAACUUUCUGUGCUAAAAUUGCAAUGCAAACUUCAAGUGCAAACUUCAAACAAAUUAAACGACUUAGAAGUAUCGGGUUUCAUUUGACCAUAUCAAAUAACAAAAUGCUCACUCCUUGCCUGCUGCUAGUCGCCACAGUCGCCAGUUUCAGCCUCCAGGCGCAGGCCAUCCGGGUGGACUGGGGCACCAACACGGGACCGAUAGCACCACCCCCGCCGCGCACCACCCCGCAGCCCCCGAGGAAGCCAUACCGGGAUCCGGCGCCCGUCUGGGAGGACCAGAGCGAUGACAUACCCAACCCCAAUCCCUAUGUCUACGUCCUGCCACCGCCUUCGCGACCAAGGACCUGGGCGAUUCCCGCCGGACCCUAUGCCCCGCCCAACUACAACAACCAGCCGCCCGCGGGCAACAACUACGGCCAGCUUGCUAGCAGCUCUUACAGCGGCGGAGUGACCUCCGUGCCCGGACUGGCCGCCCAGUAUGUGCCCGGUGUGGGCACCAAGUACACGGCGAUCGUGGUGAACGACAAGCUGCAGGGCAAAUACAACGCGAAGACCAAGAAGUACAAGGCCUACGAGAAGGCCAAGUACGCGUACCCCUGGAACUAUUUGCAGUUGCAGCAGUUGCCGGUGGAGGAGAAGGCCUUGGAAUGGCAGGCGGAGCUCGAGAAGCGGCUCGACGAGGAGCAGGCUCGCCAUCUCAGUUCCUCCACGACAAGCACCACUUCCAGCACCUCAACAAGCAGCAGCACCACCUCCACCUCCACCACACCUGCACCACCACCAUCAUCCACAACGACAACAUCUACGAGCACGCAGCAGCCCACAACAAUUGCCAAUUACAAGCUGGCACACGAGAAGAGCGCCCAUCUGAAGAAGCACACCAGGCAGAAGAUGCUCCUCCAGCUGCACAUGGAGCAGGAGAAGAUGGCGUCGAAGAAGAAGCUGCUGCAGCAGGAGCAAAACUCGUUGCAGACCAGUUGAGCGGCCAGCGGCGACAGCAAAAAACAAUCGCGAAACAAGAAAACAUUAAAGCGAACAUUAACUUUAAGACUUGCCCACAAUGUUGUAAAUAACUAUUAAUAAAAUUAAACAUCCCAUA